GCAACGCACCCCACCACGCACCCACGAAAGUGYAUCCYAAUCCAUCCCACCAUCUCCUGUGUCACAUUGCACUCAUAAGAUACUUGCCACCGAUGGAAGAGAAACGGCCCGCUUUCGAUCCACUGCCGCCAUCAUCUCGUUCGGCGUAUGAUGCUCUCACGGAAAAGAACAAGAACGGGACCCACAACGGCGGCACGAUGAGAAACAUGCGGGAAUUGCUAGCGUCGACCCUUUUUUGGAUCGGUUUCGGACUCUUUGGCUGGUACUUUCCCCGAUCUCUAGUCCACAGAGAAACCUCGAUUUUAUCUCUCGAGCCACCGUAUCAAAUGGCUGGCGGGGGCACAGUGAUAGUGGAUUUCGAACUGAACCAACCUCUUGUUGAUCCGCCGACCGUUGGCAGUGAGUACUCGAAGUUUCUUUCUUUCUUCUUCUAUCUUGGGUGCGAUACCUUGUUUUUGAUUUUCAGUUACAGUAAUGCGAGGAAAYGAAUCAGUCAAKCAACAACGGUCACGCCUGCAAUACCACUCACAAAGCGAAAAACGUUCCUCUCGAUUGUAUGUGUCCAUCGCCGUUUUUGAAAAACCAGACUUCUUGCUCCGAAGCACCUCCAUUGGGCUCCCCUUGAUCUUUUUAGUGAUUCAUGCUUGGCUUUCCGAAACCCCAGCGAUCAAUGAUGCGGAGAAUGCCGGUGAUACGAAUAGCUCUCCCAACCUUAACGAUCCGGGGGCGACCAGUACGGCACUGAGAUUCAGGAUCCAGCGUGUCGCUAACGUAAUUUCCGCCUUUUCUGCGGCAAUGGGAUUGUCGGAAGGGUGCACCGUUAUGGUGAAACUGUGGGUUCAGAGGCGCCGGCCAAACUUUUACGCACUCUGUGGCUUCGAUGCCGCGAACCAAAAAUGCAUGGGUACGCUCGAACACAUUCGAGAGGUGAGUAGAARUGAAUGAGCGAUUGAAAGAGUGCGUUUGUCACCUUCCUUUCGUCCUUUUUUUCUCAUGCAUUUCUCUUGUUGUAUAUUGCGCGUGUGUUGUGUUUCAUUAUGCCGUGUAUGACAUCAUUGUUUAUUGCUUUAUUUCCUUGAAAAAAAGGCAAAUUUCUCCUUUCCUUCGGGACAUUCUAGUUUAAUUUGUUGCGGCAUGACAUUUCUGGUGUGGUAUGUACACGGUGCCGCUAACACCAAUGGCUGUCUCCGUACCGUUCUUCGGCGACCUUUCGACAACACGCACGCAAGGGGAAGGCRGUUCGCUGGUUUGUUUUCCCCGUCGCCAAGRUUCUGUUCCUUGGUGGUGGGGACGUGUCUCCCCUGGGGAUGGGCUCUCUUUGUCGCUGCAUCUCGUCUCGUCGAUCACUGGCACCACCCGUCGGAUGUGUUGGCUGGAUUGGCACUGGGAUUUUCGGCGUGCACGAUUGCCUACCACCACUGGUAUCCUCCGGUUUGGUCACCGAAUGCCGGGAUUCCUCUSGACUUGAUACCGGCCACAAACAUUAAAUGCAACAAUGACACCGGAUACAGUUCAAAAACUAACGCGGGUCUGCACACAACAGCGACGGGUUCCUCAAUGAUAACAGCAUCAACGGUGUCUACAUCAAUAGGUGCUGCCUCAACCACCACCAAGCGACGGCCAAACACUGAACCAUCACCAUCUGUAUAAGCGGGCACUGGUYAAGUUUAAUGGUUGCACGAAAUAUUUGAAUGGCGACGACGCGACGCASUCUCUCAAGAGGGAUUGAAAAAGAAGCGAGAGGAGACAAAAAACGAUUUGGAACCGGGAACGCGAGCAGUGCCCGGGAAGUAGAGUCAUGGAACUUUUGUAGCCGGGGGCAGAUGGKGCAAGCAGGCAUUCAGUGUUGAAAAAUCCUAGCAAACCGUGAAAGCGUCACCGGGACCAUUCUUUUGUUGCGAAGCAAAGGGCUUCUUCUUCCAUGRCAAGCUGCACUAUUCACAUUACUUCACAUUAGAAUUCAAUACUCAGAAUACCUCUGAGUGGCAUAUUUUUUGGAGUGGCAUGGCCUCGUAAAUUUCACGACGAAUUACUACUGUUACUGUUACUGUCUUGACGGACUCAAAUCGACAAUACUGCAAGUCAGCAACUACGCAAAAUCCCAUGAUCAAAACAUCUUUGACGACUACAAACUUUCUGUGUACACAAGUAUUCAAUAUGACAAUCGGAUCGUACUAUUACGACUGAACUUCAACACAAUGCAUUUCUAACGUAUGUGUCUCUGAUUGUUGCAUUACUGCAGUACGUAGUUUGGUUCAGGGGUAUGACCCCUGGCCUGGUUUGGUUCACAUGCUAAUACCUAACGUGAAAGUGCUUUUCCGUACUGAAUUGCUACCAACCCGUAYUGUACCUAGGUCGUGAUAUCAUACUUUCUCGUUUCGAUCCAGCAUCGUACGAGUUUACUGUAUGAGGUUCAAUAAGAACUACAGUACUUUACUAUUAAUAGGUACCUGGUACUUUAAGAUUGGAGAGAGAGAACUCGGAAGGAGAACGAUAGCUGUUCAAUCGUGGAGUUGAUUCAAGUCGGGCAUGAAUUUGCGACGAAAUUACGGAAUUCCGAACGCGCCCAAUUUUGUGCGUCUCCCGGGGUACUCGUACGUACGCACGAACUGUAUGGGUUUUUGACAGGACUCCAACGGACCGUUUCGUGAGACGAGUUCGUCGCUAAACCUUCCCCCUCCUCGGCACUUUUUUGGUACGGCCUCCGAGCCYUUCUCGCGCCACCAGGGGGACGGAGCCCGGGAAGUCUUCGUAAAAAACCGAUCCGAAACYC